CGAUGAAUUCAGUCAAUGAUCAACUUUUGAGCCAUUCAUCACGUAAGCUGCGAGUGAGAAACGAAAUUAAAGAGACACACCAAUUCAAGUGAAUUUUCAAGAGAACAUUGUUUUGUGAAUUAAAGAAAUAGUACAUGCAAAAAUGCAGUUAAAUUGUUUAUGUCUGUUUUUAAUAUUAUUGGUGGUGAAUAUCGAUUUGAGUGUUGGUGAACCAAAACGUUCAUUUGGAUUUGGACGUAGUCGACCAAAAGGCAAUAGCAAUUUGAGCGUUCGUCGUCGGGGUCAUGUGCAAGAGACACCACCAAAAUCUCAGGCGGCGCCCGUACAACAAAAACAAGCUCACACUGCAUCGCAUACUCCGUCAGCACCACAAGGACCGCCGCCAGCUUAUUCGGCAGGACCAAGUGCUGGAAAAACUAAUUUAAAUGCUGCGCCACCAGCCUAUAGUCAUGGUGCUGCACCACCCAGCUAUUCGGCCUCAAACGUACACGCAAAAUAUCCACAACAAAGCUAUUCAGGUGUGAACAGUGGAUCGAAUUUACAUCAAUCGGCACCAGGAUAUGGAUGGAAUACAAAUAAUCAUAAUAGCUACGGUGGCAAUAGCCAUUAUGGUGGAUUUGCACACCAACCCAGUUAUGGUGGUUACCCUUCGGGUGGUAUGCCGAAUUAUGGUGGAUACGGAGGUGGAAUGAUGGGAGGAAUGGGCGGUGGAAUGAUGGGAGGAAUGGGCGGAGUGCAACCAAUGUACAUGCAACAGAACAAACCAAGUCUCUUAGGUGGCGUUGCAGGCUAUGCUCUAACUGGUUUAGCUGGUUAUCAAUUGGCACGAGCUUUUAGUGGUAGCGGUAAUGGAUACCAUUCAACGCAACAAAUUCAUCAUCAUUAUCACAAUGCAGAAAGCGAUCCAUCGAUCAACGAAAAUACACAAGCUAAACAACCAACACUUCAGGCACCGGCAGCUUCACAAACACCAUACUAUCCAAGCGUACCACAUAAUCCAGACGUUCCAAUCGUUCCACAUAAUCCAGACGUUCCACAUGUUCCACUUGCUCCAUUUCCCAGUGAAACGUCAUCGGUGCCAACAACAAGUAAUGAUAAUAACCAAGGCGAAUUAAAUGUGACACCAGUGCCUGAAAUUGACAACAAUGAAUUUCCAUACCCGACUAUUCAUCCGUCGCUAUUUCCAUAUGCGUCACCUUUACCAAAUAAGGAUUUGGAAUAUUGGGCCAAAUCAGUUGAUAAAAAAUUAAAUUUAACAGAUACCAGCAAUUCACAAUCAACGACCACAACAUCACCAUAAAAAUUCAGUACAAAAAAAAAAACGAAACAAGGCGCAGAACGAAUAAAAAAAACCAUACGCCUCUUACAAUAUAAGUCAUAUUUGUUGAUGAAAAAUGACGUUCAUUUGUCUCAUUAUAUUCUUAACUUAAGUGUUAUUUAAGACCAAUUGAGAUAAAUAAACAUAAGUGCCAAUUAUUCUCAUGUUUAUCACAGCAAAAUUCACAUAUGUAAAAGAAAUACCAUUUUCUAAAGAGAACCCUCGAAUAAAACAACACAUUUAUCGAAUCAA